AUGGAGGACCAGGGGGCGGCCAAAAUCAGGAGGUUGGACCACCACCAAUGCCUUAGCGACGCACUCGACUUCUUCCCAUUCCCACUGGAGGACCUUCCGGAGGAAAUUCAGCAUUUGGUAUUGUCCCUACAGUCACUGAAAGAGGCUGCAAGGACAAGCAUUGUAUCAAGAAAGUGGAGAGAGGUCUGGACACGGUGCCCUAAUUUAUGCUUUGAUGGCACUGAAGAUGGCCCCACUGAUGAGGAUUGUGUCAAAAUAAAAGAAGCAAAGUUCAUUGAGACGGUAAAUUCUGUUAUUCAGAAGCACACUGGUACUAGGCUCAAUGAGUUCAGCAUCAGGUGCUACCUUGAGAAGAACUGCUCAGAUCAUCUUGAUAGGUGGGUAUACUUUGCCACUGCAUCAAAGGCGGCCAAGAUUAUAGAUAUGAACCUGGGGCCACAUCGGAAAGAUAUAGGACCUACCAAAGAGGUUUAUCAUUUCCCUCUCGAGGCUUUAGAUGGUCAAGAUGGCCCUUUUGUCCAAUCCUUGUUUCUCACUAAUGUUUCUAUAAAGCCACACUCUGACAUAUGUGGCUUCAAGAAACUUGGGAAGCUUCAUUUGCACUGUGCUCAAAUAAUUGGAGAUCUUCCAGAAUUGUUACUAAAUUGCCCUUUUCUUGAGGACUUGGAGCUCAUCUCAUGCUCUGGUAUCGCAGAGCUGAACAUACCACACCCACUCGAUAAGCUUAGACAUUUGCUAAUUUGCAAUAUGGGUCUAAAGAUGGUUGAUUUUCAUGUUACUGGUCUUACUCAUUUUGGGUACCAAGGGUUUGUGAUUCCCAUAGUGCUUCAUGGUUGCUCAAAUCUAGAGAAGGUAACCAUUACAUUUUUUCGGAUGCCAUUGGCUGAACAAGUCAGUAACAAAGGAUUUGUCUGUGCCAUCGCUGGAAUUAUUCCCAGUAUUUCAGCAGUCAAGGAGCUACAUGUAUGUGCUUCUAUGCGGGAAUAUAAUCCGGUCUGGCUCUGGUCCUUGCAGGUGCGUGGGAUGACAAGGCCGACAUGCAUGCUUGUAAAUUUGAGGAAACUGACUUGUGAAAUAACUAUUCUCACUAAUCGCCCAAAUAGGCACGAUGGAAUUUUUCAGAUGGCUCAGUUUGUGGAUCUCGCACCCCGAUUGGAGACACUAGAACUGCAUAUGUGUUAUUCUGUGGAGAUUGGCAGCAGGUGCUGGUGUGGUGAGAGCGAAGUCUUCCCUAUGCGCCGACUUGAUCACCUGAAAACCGUCUACAUGAGCGGGUUCCGGUGCUACCGGCCUCAGAUCGAGCUGCUGCAUGGCAUUCUGGAAAACGGUGAUGUGCUUGAGCAUGUGACCAUUGAACCAAUGGUGAAACUAGAUAAAAGUCCUGAUGACACAAUGAAUAUAGGGAUACCCGAGGAUAGGAUUUGUGACUGGGCACGCCUCGCAUCCGAACGCUUUGGUAAAGAUAUUGUUGUCGUCAAAGCCCCUCGACGCCGGAUUUGUAAAUGGGUUGGUGGCUGGAGUAUUUAG